CAUGUCAUGCAUGUCAAAGAACGCCAUCCAUUGUUGUUUCGAUUCCGGAAUAAAUCCAGACAAUUUUGCUUAAACAAGGGUUUAGAAAGUACGCAACAAUGAGUGAAUUAGUUUGGGGAAUUAAGAAUGGCGAUAUUGACCAAGUAAAAGACAUAGUAGAAAACAAGAAAAUUGAUGUCAAUGCAUUAAUUGAUGGGAGAGUACCUCUUCACUAUGCUGCAGAUUAUGGUCAAACAGCUGUUCUCAACUACCUGCUGGACAAGGGAGCAGACCCUAAUAUGUUGGACAAACAUGGCAUCUCUGUACUGUUAGCAGCUAUUUGGGAAGGUCAUACAGACUGUGUCAAGACAUUACUCAAAAAUGGUGCAUCUAAAAAUGGAAAAACCCCAGAUGGAACACCAUACAUCGAUGCUGCAGAAAAAGAUGAAAUCAAAGAACUCCUAACAUAGAAUUAAAUCUGUCUUGUCAGAAGUGCAACAAGCAAUCGCUCAGAUUUAUGUUUUGAUGCUAAGGUAAAAUCACUAAGAUCAAACAAUAAAAUUAUUAAUCCACUAUAAAAUAUUUUUACAAGCAUUUAUUUACAUUGUAAUGAAUUAUUUUUAUACGCUCAACAUAUUGAAUUAUAAAAUAUGUAUUUGAUUAUGCGUCCAUUUAGUAGUGUGUGUAUCUAUGAAGGCCUGAACCUCCCUUAAGGAGGUAAGUAGCAAUCACCUGAUAUGUGAUGGCUAGCUCAUCCUUCCAGUGCUUGCAUGAGAUUUGUAAGAAGCCCCAUAAUCUAAAUUUAGUGAAUAAAUUAUUUAAUAUUAAGGUAUAAUUCCAACAAAUAAGAUGUAAUUUUUAUCGCUAAAAUAAUAAACUGAUAUAAACAAA